CUGUGUCUCGACUUAUCUCUGUCUGUCCUUCCACUCCCUGUUUGUCUACCUACCCUCCUUUCUCUUUCACUCUCUUUCUUCUCACUCACUCACUCUGGCUGACUAUCCCUUCUGUCUGGCUGCAGAUCUCCCUUCCUCUCUGCCUAUCUCCCUCCCUAUCUAUCUCCCUAUCUAUCUAUCUCCCUCUCUAUCUCAACAUACACACACACUCAUAUAUAUCUCUCUCUAUGUCCCUCUCCCUUUCUGUCUGCCUCACCGUUCUGCCACCCCUUCCCGUCUCUGUCUGCCUGUGUCUCCCUUCCCGUCUCUGUCUACCUCUCUCUCUCUCUCUCUCUCUCUCUCGUUCUCGUCUACGAUCUUCAGUCAGUCCGACUGGCAAGUAGCAACAACAGCAGUAACUGCAACAAAAACAACAGUAGUCAUUAUACAAGAAAGAAGAAGACUCAGCCACACACACACACACACACACACGCUUAAACAGAUCGUCUGAACGGCAACACUAAUACUUAAAACUAGUACGAGCACCAACUGAGCAACUACUACGAUACCAACUUCAACACCGCUAACAAGAACAACAAACUAAAAGACUACCACUUCGUCAGUAGGACUAAAGGAAGGCCACUAACAACACACCAUUACCAACUAAACAGUACUAUAGCGAGCGAAUACUAAAACCCCACCCGAAAUCCGAACCCGGUACGCUGCUAACGAAGCUGUGGUCUUAAUUGGUAGACUGGAUUUCUAUUGAAUUUUUAACUCUAGCCGGUGGAUGGCAUUGCGUCCAUCCCACCGUGUGAGCCCUCACAUCCAAAGGGUGCUGAAACACUAUCAGAACAGUGCCAUCAGAAGUUUGUGCGGUCCAGAUGCUAUUGUAGGGUCAACUGACCCCUACGACACCAGCCUGGCUGGAGGCGACGACGGUGGGGGGCUGCUGACUACUACAUCACCCACCUUGGUCGAAUUGUAUUCGGUGGGACCACACCAGAAUCUCCACCACCCGGGCGAGAUCUCUCCCACCUUGACGACUAGUAGUAGUGGUGGUAGUACUGCUGUUAUUUGUAGUAAUCCGAGUACUACCACUACCAACAACAGCAAUAACAACCACUACCACCACAACGAGAAAGACAGCAAUAGUAGUAGUAGCAGCAGCAAAAUCUACAACAGCAACAAGAACAACAACAGCAGCAGCGGCGGCGUCGGCGGCGGCGACAGAGGAGCUGGAAGUACCAGUGGGAGUACCAGCAGUAAUAGAAGCAGCCGUGCAAGUUCUCCUCUCUCCCCACCAGUGGCCGCCGGUGAGGCUGGAGUUGUGCCCGCGGCCACGUCUACCCCGGCUGUGGUUGUGUCUGGAACCAGACCUCCGUCCAGGCCUUCUGGCUUCGACGACGAAGAGGUCUUUGUGUAUCGAACCCAUCGGAGUAAGGCCAUGAGUAGCGUUGUCGCUACUGCUUCGUCGGCAAACGUCGUCAACUCCACCAGCAGUAGCAGUGCUAGUGGUAGUAGUAACAGCACCAAGCUACCUUCAGAAAAAGGUUUGGAAUUUGAUCCAUUCAGAUCUCCACCUCCUUAUCCCAUCCAACAGAUGCCUGUCUUUACACCUUACGAUUCUUAUGCUGAACGUUCGGAAACUAUUUUAGAAAAUGAAAGGAUUGCUUGUUUCAUUAUCGGUGGUGAAAAACGUCUGUGUUUACCCCAAAUCCUCAAUUCAGUCCUCAGACAUUUCAACUUGACUCAAAUCAACUCCGUCUGUGACGAACUUCAUAUCUUCUGUGCUCGAUGUAGCCCUGAACAACUGGAAACAUUCGUUGCAGCUGGGAUUUUACCAUGUAGGACGGCCAGUUGUGGACUCAUCACCAAAACAGAUGCCGAAAGACUAUGCCAUGCGCUUCUUUAUAAACGCACGGCCGCCAAACCAGUUGACCCCCCUUCACCCAGCAGCUUCAAGGUCUAUCACGAAUGUUUUGGCAAAUGCAAAGGAAUUAUCCAACCAGAUCGCUAUCAUACACCGGACGCUGAGUGCAUCUAUUGCACUGAAUGCCACGCACUUUUUAACCCACAACAAUUUGUUUGUCACUCACACACCCCAAUGGAGAACCGUAUAUGCCAUUGGGGGUUUGAUUCUGCGCAUUGGCGGAACUAUUUGAUGCUUGCCAAAGAUCAAGAGAAUCUAGAAAAAUGCCAAGACAUCAUUGAUCAGAUAAAGAACAAGUUCGAUGGAUGUAAGACAAAACGAAAACAGAGUUCUGAUGACUGGUUACAUAGCAAACGUGUGAAGAGCGAAGAAAGCCCAACCAGUCAAGUUUCACCAUGGUCCCCGCACCAUUCAGCACAACCAACAAUGGCUCCGGUGUCAGCGUACUCAGCGUGGCCCCAGAGUCUCAUCACUGCCCUGAAAGAUAACAAAUACUUACCCCAGCCCCCUAACAUCAUGCGUGAUAGUCUGUUGUAUUACAGCUUGCCUCGGUCAUUGCCCUCCUAUCUACAGACUGGGCCACCUGUUUUACUCCACCCGGAACGUGUGAUACCCCAUUCGGAAUCAGCAAGGUAUGAACGCCACUUCACACCAAACGUGUCUCUGGCACCGUUGCCACAACAACGAUUACCUGAUAGCAAAAUCAAAAGUGAGCUGAAAGAGUCUGAAAUGGAGCGGAAUGGUUUACAUCAGUUGGCAGAAGCUGCAGUGUCAAAGAUCUCAAAAGAACCAGUUGCGCUGACCAAAGAGAGUAAAAUUUAUCAAGAGACAUCAACGAAUUUGAGCAAAAGCAAAGAGAAGGCUUAUGAUUUCUCAUCUGAUUCUGAGGAGUCGAUUACUGAAUUUGAGGAAACGGGUGAUGAACCCUUAUCACCGAAACUAGAAGAUACCUUUGAAAUAGAGCUGGACAUGGUGAAGCAAGCCCUUGAGGGUAAAGUUGGUGACUGCACAGAGUCGAAACGGAAGUUCCUUCACGAUUUUACAAACUUGCGAUCUCUGCAUCAACAGCGACUGCACCUGAUGGACCGAUCCCGACAACAGUUACGAGAUUUACUGACGAAGGUUCGGGCAACAGCGAAAACUAAAAUCCUCCGGUGUGCAGAGAGGAAGAAAAAACUGCGGAAACGAUUAGAAAACAUGCGGAUUGAGACAGAGUGCCGUCUGCAUGAUGCUGAGGAAGGCAAGGAACGGCUCUUGAAGGAGAUUGAUAGUCUCAGUAAACAAAUUGAACCAAAGGAAUUGCAGCAAAAGUAUAUCCAAGCAAACAAGGAACUGCAGUUACAGGUGCAGCAUUAUCAAACGAUAUUUGAGACUAUGUCACGUGAGAACGCCAUAUUGCAAGACGAACUUCGGAAACGAGGCAUCAGUUUCCCUCUGGUCAGCCACCCCUCUCCAUUGCAUCACUCCCCUUUGCCCCUAAUUCUGUCCAGCCCAUCAUCGAAGUCAUCUGCGUCACCCGAGAACCUGAGCCCCCAGAGCAGGGCUGCUGUCGCUGCCGCAGCCAGCACCCACGAACGCAUCAAAAUGCUAUACCAGAGUCGCAGCAAGCCUGCAUUACAAGAAGACUGAUACACUGUGCUUACGCAAGUCCAUAACACAAAAGGUUUUCUUCCCUACACACUACAGAAUCUUCUUCCCUUUUUUCUCUCUCUCUCUCUCUAUUUAUUUAUUUAUAUAUAUAUAUAUGUAUAUAUAUCUAUGUGUAUAUAUCUAUAUAUAUGUAUACAUGUAUAUAUAUAUCUGUAUGUGUGUGUAUAUACACGUG